CUCAUAUAAAAGCUCCUAGCGAACUCAACGAGUAUCAGUCAACGAGUGGAAAUUCUCAAUCUAUCGCAAUGGCCGCUAAGUUCGUCGUAGUUCUCGCCCUCGUGGCUGCAGCUCACUGCUCCGUGGUGCCAGUGGCGCGAGUAGACGCCGACUACACCAGCUUCGCAUACGACGUGGCCGACCCCAACACCGGCGACUUCAAAAGCCAGGUGGAGACCCGCGUGGGCGGCAACGUGGCCGGCCAGUACUCGCUGCUUGACGCUGACGGCACCAAGCGCACCGUGGACUACACCGCUGACGAUGUCAAUGGAUUCAAUGCUGUAGUGCGCAAGGACCCCGCUGUAGUGGCUGCUGCUCCUGCUGUAGUAGCUGCCGCUCCCGCGGUAGUGGCUGCCCGUACUGUGGCUGCCCCAGCAGCUGUCGUCGCUGCAUCACCUGCAGUUGUUGCUGCUCGCACUGUCGCUGGUCCCGCAGUAGUCACACGUACUUAUGCCGCAGCCCCCGCAUACUAUGCAGCCCGCUCUUACGCCGCUCCUGCCGUCUAUGCUGCCAGUGCUCCCGUUGUAGCCGCGCGCACCGUUGCUGCUCCUGUUGCAUACACCGCUGGUGCCCGCCUUGCCUAUACCGCUGGUGCUCCAGUUGCCUACACAGCUAGUGCUCCAGUAGCCUACGCUGCCGGUGCGCGUUUCAUCGCUCCCUCUGUGUACGCCGCCCGCGUGGCUGCCGCCCCCGCCGUGUACUCUGGUGCCGCCUACUACGGAUCUCCUCUGACCUAUGCCGCCUACUCCGCUCCAAUCUCGUAUUGCUCGAUGUCUAAAAAGAAAAGAUGUCUGCAAAGACAUAGAGGAUCAGCAAUGGCAGCCAAGUUCGUAGUUCUCGCCGCCCUAGUGGCCAUGGCUCACUGCUCCGUGGUGCCAGUGGCGCGAGUAGACGCCGACUACACCAGCUUCGCAUACGACGUGGCCGACCCCAACACCGGCGACUUCAAGAGCCAGGUGGAGACCCGCGUGGGCGGCAACGUGGCCGGCCAGUACUCGCUGCUUGACGCUGACGGCACCAAGCGCACCGUGGACUACACCGCUGACGAUGUCAAUGGAUUUAACGCUGUGGUGCGCAAGGACCCCGCUGUAGUAGCUUCCGUGGUGGCCGCGCCCGUGGUGGCUGCCCCCGCUGUGGCCGCGCCCGCUGUUAUCGCUGCCCGCACUGUGGCCGCUCCCGCUGUCUACGCCGCUCACGCCGCUCCCGCUGUCUACGCCGCUCACGCCGCCCCCGCCGUGUACGCCGCUCACUCCGCUCCCGUCUACGCCGCUCCCUCUUUCUACUCGUACGGUGCUCCCGCCCUAUACUCCGCUCCCCUCACUUACGCCGCUAAGUGGUAAACAACGACGCGUGUUGUGUUGCGAUGUGGUGCUGCCUUGUAAAUAAAUUAUGUUAAGUAAAAUGUGAAACUACCUUA